AUGGACGAGGCCUUGACUCCGUAUUUGCGAUGGACACAGAAAGACUGCCUCCUAGGUACGCCGGCAAUUUCCCUUGAGCUGCAAGGCCUUGAGAAGCUGUGGCGGAGAACCCCAUAUCUAUUUGAAGUCAUCUUACGCCGUGUCGAUAAUAGAGACAGCCCAUGCCUUUUUGAUUGGGCUCCUCAUAUCCAAGGAUUUGUGGCCUCUGGCUUCAUUCUUCUUCAUCAUGCCUGUGAAGGCUUGAGGCAGAUUAAGCUUCCCCAAAGCACAUGGCCUCCCCUUUUGCCAUGGGUCACAGAAGAAUCAUGUUUUAUUGAACAUACUUUAAGGCGCGCCCAGCGAUGGAUGGAUGUAUUACCAGACCGCUUUCUCUCUUGCCUAACAGCUGGAGAGAGAUAUACAUUAUUCUGGCCGGGUGAAAGAUACGCCACAUGGGAGUGGGGAGUAGCCAAGAACCAUUUUGACAGCUACAUACCAACCCAAGACACCAGCCUCAUCCUGCCGGGCGGUCCUUUACUAACCUUCACUGUAGAAGAAGGAGAGCAGCCAUUGCAUAUUCCCAAUCCAUGGCCAGUGGAGGUAGUAUCUCGAGCGUAA